AUUUUAAUGUAUGUUUUCUUUGACACCGCGUUUGGCUGUUGGAAUUAACAGAAACCCCUUUUUCGCUUGACCCACUCCACGUCCAGGCACGCGAUCUCGUCUUUAGGUGUAGUUUCUCAGUGAUCCCUUUCUAUGUCCUUCCCUUUCCUUUUUGUUAGAUUUGUUUUUGCGCUAUUUUCUUUUUGUGUCCAGAUUACGUUCUUGUUGUUUUCCUCUCUCUGCGACUUAAUUUAUAUAUGAAGCUUGUCAAGUUGGAUAGUUCAAGUUUGGCUCAAUUCGUAAACGGGCUUGCUGAAAUAUGUGAAUUUUGAUUAUCAUUUUUGAAGAUGUCAGUUUUGGAGAUUCUAUUGAUUGAUAUCAAAACUAAAGCCUCGGAAUUAAUAUUGAAUAGUUCUGCUUCUUUUUCAGGUCUGGAGUUACUUAAACAAAGUUUCUUCAUCCUUAUAUCAUUGCAUUCAAUGCAUCAGAUAUCAAAACUGACUCUCAUAUUGACAAAAAUGACAGAGAGCUUUGGUUACACAGCCUGCAGACAGUUGUCUCAGAUGUUUUCUGCUAUUAUCUUCUUUCAUAUUUCUGAAUACCUUCUAGCAGUUGGCAUUCAUGGGAAGUCAAAUGUUAGUCUUAAAUCACUUCUGGUCAGCAAGAAGUAUCUUCUAGCAAUGAUCUGUUCAUUGCUAGAAUACUUCAUUGAAAUUUAUUUAUUUCCUGGGUUGAAGGAAGAUUGGUGGGUAAGUAACCUGGGCCUUGCAUUAGUCAUAAUUGGUGAACUCAUCCGGAAAAUGGCAAUUAUAACAGCUGGGAGGGCCUUCACACAUCUCAUCAAGAUUUAUCAUGAGGAGCAUCACAAGCUGAUCACCAGUGGAGUCUACAGAUUCGUUCGUCAUCCAGGAUAUUGUGGUUUCUUCAUCUGGUCAGUUGGCACCCAGAUAAUGUUGUGUAAUCCGAUAUCAACAAUUGCAUUUGCAGUUGUUGUCUGGCUUUUCUUUGCAGAUCGGAUACCAUAUGAAGAAUAUUUCUUGAGACAGUUUUUUGGGUCUCAGUAUGAGGAAUAUGCUCAGCAAACUCCUUCUGGGGUUCCAUUUUUGAAGUGAAGAUCUAAUACACGUGGAGGAAAACUCGCAACUGACUUAAAUGUAAUCAAGGAAGCCAUCAGACAGUUCCAGUGAUGUGCUAUUGGAUGGUUUGGAACCUCUUGGAAAAUUUGAAACUGAAUAUAUCAAACAAGGGUGAAUUAUUUCUCUUUGUAUACAGAAACUGAAACUGAAAGCAGCUAAUAGUUGGCAUGUCCCGGGAGGUGGUGAAGCUGGAGCUGAAAUAUGGAUAGGGUCUCGCAAAACAAGUAUCCCAGACGAAGCUUAAUGGUAUACCACUAGUAUACCACUUCUGCAAAUAGCUCGAUUUCUUUUUGUUGGUUGUUUCGCAGUGACAAUUUUGCUAAAGAAUAUAUACAGUAGGAUUAUUCUAGCCAUAUGGUCCAGAUCAGGCAUGUUCUUGUACUCAUGUUUUUAACGAAGCACGCUGGUGCUAAUCAGUUUGGCAAAUUUAUGGUCAUGUACACAAGAAAUUAAUUGUGUAAUCGUAUCCUAUUCCUCA